UCAGUUGUGAUAAUGUCAACACAGAGUGAACUCGAUUUGACAGACACGUAGUCUAUAUUAUGCCUCCACGGUCCGGUCAAAAUAUGCUAACUUUAUCUCUGAAAAUGUUGACUAGAGGACAAAAAUUCACGUUUUAGUCUGUCGUUAAAGCGGAGAAAGUGACUCUUGAAACUUUGUAGAGAAAAAAAACCUGUUGCCAAGUAACUCAGCUAGGCUGGCGCGCGCUCCUUCUCCGAUGAGAAGCUAAGCUAAGCUCUACAACUCCGCUAAAAGUAUGACCACUCCAGCUCAAAAUGCGACCAACACCUGGACUGUCAGAGUGUCUGCAGCUGGUGAACAUCCAGGGAAAACGCAGCCAGGACUGGAGAUGUCGGAUAUCCCACCCGGAAAGUCGAGCAGGAAGAAAAGCUCGUCGUCGUUGGCCCGAAGCCCGGCUCCUCUGGACGGUACCCGGCUCUCCCCGGACGGUUUCCCUCCCGCGGGAACGGUUAGCACCCAGCGCCGAGCAUCUCACCUGUACGGCGGGGGCUAUUAUGGCCACCGCAUGUCCGUUUACAGCACCACCCGGCCCGUCCUCACUCGAGCCUACUUCCAAGGACGCGUGUAUAACUUUUUGGAAAGACCUUCAGGCUGGAAAUGCUUCGUCUAUCACUUCACAGUGUUUCUGAUUGUACUGUCUUGCCUGAUCCUCAGUGUACUGUCUACUAUUGACCAAUAUCAGGCCCUGGCUCAAGAAACACUUUUCUGGGUGGAAAUAGUGCUGGUGGUGUUCUUUGGAGUGGAGUAUGUGGUGAGGCUGUGGUCAGCAGGAUGCCGCAGCAAAUACGUGGGUAUACUGGGAAGACUUCGCUUUGCUAGAAAGCCCAUCUCUAUUAUUGACUUAAUUGUGGUGGUGGCCUCAGUCAUUGUGCUUUCAGUAGGCUCUAAUGGGCAAGUGUUUGCUACCUCUGCUGUCAGAGGAAUCCGCUUCCUGCAGAUUCUGCGAAUGUUGCAUGUGGAUCGGCAGGGAGGAACCUGGCGGCUCCUGGGCUCAGUGGUUUUCAUCCACCGACAGGAGUUGAUCACUACUCUCUAUAUCGGAUUCUUGGCCCUCAUCUUCUCCUCCUAUUUUGUGUACCUGGCGGAAAAAGAUGCAGUCGAUAGCAGUGGAGUCACAGAGUUUUCCAGCUAUGCUGAUGCACUGUGGUGGGGAGUGGUGACGGUCACCACUAUUGGUUACGGAGAUAAGGUGCCACAAACCUGGAUAGGGAAGACCAUUGGUUCCUGUUUCUCUGUCUUCGCCAUCUCCUUUUUUGCUCUGCCUGCUGGCAUCCUGGGUUCAGGCUUUGCCCUGAAAGUUCAGCAGAAGCAGAGGCAGAAACACUUCAACAGGCAAAUCCCUGCUGCUGCUUGUCUUAUACAGACGUCCUGGAGGUGCUUUGCCAUAGAGAAUCCUGACUCUUCCACCUAUAAGAUGUUUGUGCGAAAGAGACCCAUAACAGUUAGCCUCACAGCUUCCAGUCCUAAGCCCAAGAAAUCAGUGAAGAUGAGGAGAAAGAUGAAGACCAAUGAGAAAGAUAAUGGCCCAAGUUCUCCCACAAUCCCCACCAUUACCUAUGACUUUGACGAUGGUAGAGACCCCAGUCAGGACACAGUAUACAGUACUGAAUUGUCAGAAGCAAACACUCUGAGAAGAUUUGAACGGCAACAGUCCUGGACCUCUAUAUCUUCCUUCCAGUUCUCCCCUCCUCCAGUAAAGAAAAGCCCAGGGCUUUUGGAGAUCCAGUCCCCUCCCCCACUGCAGAGGAACAGCAGUUUUGCGGAUGAUCUGGAGCUGGAGCCAGAGAAGGACAGCCUUAUCCUGCCUGUCACUCAUGUGUCGCAGUUGCGGGAAUCCCACCGGGCUGCCAUUCGAGUGAUCCAGCGAAUGCGGUACUUUGUGGCCAAAAAGAAGUUCCAGCAAGCACGAAAACCAUAUGACGUGAGGGACGUGAUUGAGCAGUAUUCUCAAGGCCAUCUUAACCUCAUGGUGCGCAUUAAGGAGCUUCAGAGAAGACUGGAUCAGUCCUUGGGAAAAAUAACCUUGUUCCAGACAAGUUCAGACCGUGCCAAAGACAAAGGUUCUAAUACUAUUGGCUCCAGACUCAACAGGAUGGAGGAGAAGAUCUCACACAUGGACAAGACAUUGAACUGCAUUGCUGAAUCCCUGAACAUUCUGCUGAUGAGGGAGGGUGAAGGAAACGAGGCAGCAAGAGCUGGACAAAGAUUACCAGGAUCCAACAGCCUGCCCAGCUAUGACCAGCUCUCCACCCCAAACUUUCCUUCCGCACUUGAGGAGAGCUCCUGAUCUGAAGUGUGCUUAGAUCUACUGCAUCACAACGUGCCUCAUCUUUGGUUAGGUUUGUCUUGAAAAACAGGGGGAGAGAAUGGAUUGGGAUAGACAAGUUCUUAUUUAAAAUCAGUUCUUAAGUAUGCUUGAAGUUGAUUAGAUUGCUUUAAAAAAAAUUAGUGACCCCAUUCAGUGGGACCAAUCAUAAAGUUUAGGAAGUCACUCUGUUAGUUACACUGUUAUCUCCCAAAAGCACAUAGUAUGACACUUUAUGUAGCGCAGGUGAUAAAAGUGCCACUUACUGUAUGAGAUGAAAAUGAUAGAAGGUGAAGUUUUAAGCUCUUUGAGCUGAUACUAUUUCCUGAUAUGUCUAACUAUUGAUUAAUAUCAUAUUAAUUAAAGGCAACACUCUUUCUUUAAAGAACCAUUUGUAUUAAUGAGGUGCUAAUGUGAAGAACUUUUUAAAGUUGAAAGAACCUCCACAUCAUGGUUCGAAGCCAAUGAAAGGUUUUUAAUAUGAGCAUAUAUCCAAGCCAAGAACCAUUUAGGAACCUUUAUUUAGAGUGAAAGUAUUGGGGUUAUUCUUUUAAUUCAUCACUUAAGUGCUAUUCACAACCAUGCAGUAUCAUAAAAUGGUCAAAUGAGUAAUAUAGGGGCAGUAUGGACAUUUUAAAUCAGGUUUAUUUAUUAAAGCAUGUAUACAUUGAUUCACAAAUGCAUACAUGUGUAGAUUUUCAUUUUUUCUUGCUGUACUGGUGGUUUUUUUUCCAGAUUAUGAGCCAAAUGUCAUUGCUUGUUUAUUCUUGAAGCAAAACUACUGAAUCAGUGCGUCAGACCUUCUUAGGCCUUUGAUUUUUAUACUUUCUUUUUGUUCUUUUUCAUCUUGCCGUCAUGAAUGAGACCUUCUGUUCUCAUUAAUAAAUAUUAACCAUCA